CCCAUUGACAUCAUUAAAUAAUUGCGUCACUGGGCGAGAGCGAUGGCGGCGGGUGCCUGACGGUGGUCAUGGACGAGCGGCUCGACAGUCUGGAUGGCUGGGUGUCAGUGCGGAGCGGGCUGUUCACCGAGCCGGAGCGCCCGCGACUCCGCUUCCUUGUGGCCUGGAACGAAGUGGAGGGAAUGUUCGCGGUGAGCUGCCAUAGCCGGCCGCUACAGGCGCGGGAUGCCGAAGCUGAGGCCGAGGCCGAGUCCCCGGGCAGCUGGGCCGCGCUCUACUCCCCCCGGGAGCUGCACGGCAUCCACCGACUGCUAGUGGAAAGCUGCGCCGACCUGGAGCACUGCUUCCCGGCGCUGCCCGAACUGAGGCCGCGGGGCCUGUGGGGCCUUCUGUUCCCGGAUCGCUCUCUGACCGAAGGCGCCGAGCCCGGCCUCAACAUGGACACCGUCUGCCGCCAGCUCGAAACCUUCCUGGGUGUCGCCGUCGAACUCUGCGGCCACCGCAUUGCCCUGGAUACACUGUUCCCCGAGGCCGAGGACGACGACUACUUUGAGAGCGUUAGCGAGCUGCGCGGUCGUAGUCUGGAGCAACGGGUGGCCGGCGGGCGAGAGGCGCUGAGGAAGGUCUUGCACCAACACAGACAUGUUAAGAAUAUGGUGGCCCUUAAGAAGCUGUACCAGGAGGAAGAUGAAGCCUAUCAGGAUCUAGUCACUGCAGCCACACAGUUCUACCAGUGUUUGCUGCAACCCUUCAGGGACAUGCGCGAGUUUGCCUCACUGUGCAAACAGGAGGCCUUGAAAUCCCUCGAGUUUGACACUCUGGGUCCAAGGAGAAUUCAGAGUCUGCAGAAAGAAGUGGAAGAGUGGUCUCGGCGCAUGCAAGAAGCAAUCUGCUCAAUUCAGGACAUAACGGUGGAUUAUUUCAGGGAGACAGUGAAAGCAUUGGCAGCCAUGCAGAAGCAGAUGGAAGAAGAUCGAAAUCACUUUGGCAAAGCUGCCUGGGCCAGUGUGGCACCUAGACAGGAAAAACUGAAGUUCAUGUUUGCAAAGGAAACUUUGCAACACACCAGGGCAAAAGAAUUGUGCUUGAAACGUAAGAAAGCCCAGAUUCAAUCCAAGAUGGAACAUCUUGACAACAAAUCAGUGGAGAUGGUGGAUGAACUAGAAAUGCAGUAUUAUGAAACACAGCUGGAGCUGUACAGCAUUCAGCUAGAAACUUUAAAAUAUGAGGAAUUGCUGGUUGUUGCCCAGCUGGACACCAUACGACGUGAAGUCAGGGAAAAAGAGGAAGAGGUGAUUUACUAUGAUGCUUGUGAAGACCCUGAGCAGCUUCAGGCCAAUGAGGGGAUGGGCCUGGUACAUGACAGUCGAUCAGUAGAUCUUAACAAGUUGAUGCGUAAAGCUCAUCAGCUGGAGACUAAACGCGGUGCUAUUGGCUCACGGCGAUCCUACCUGAGGAAUAAGCGGGAUCAGUGUAAGGAAAUUCAAAAGUCAAAGCAGCAACAGUUACAAGAAGCAGAAGUUCAUUUACGACAGCACCACAGUAUUCAGCUAAAACGUGACCAGCAAAAGGAAGAAAAGAAACGGAAGAGGGAAUGGGUAAACAUGGAGAGGCAAAAGACUUUGCAAAGGCUGCGUAGCUUUAAGGAGAAAUCAUCGGGGAAGAUUGCAUUUAAACCUCGUCGUCAAGCUCGCAGAAUGCAGAAGCAAGCUGCCACGUCACCUCAUGCUGGACAACCAAUGUCCAUCAUAGAUAAUUCCAUUAGUAAAAAACAGCCCAGACCCUCUAAGGCUUCCGGAAAUAUUUCAGUACAAAUCUUCUUGCCAGCUGCUACUCCAAUAUCUCCAGGACAGAUGGAAACGAGUGAGAUCUCUUCAGAUCCCCCUCCUCCACCCCCUCCGCCUCCUCUCCCUCCACCCCCCCUUCCACCAGCUCUGCUGAGCAGCAAGAGUUCAUCAAAGGGAGAUCAGGAGCAGCCCCUCAUCUUCACCACUGAGAAUUCAGCAAGGAAAUCCCUACAAGAAAAUAUAGGAACAAUGGAUGAUGUGCUGGCUUCAUUGAAGCGUGGUGAAGUAUUGCUUAGGAAGGUUGAUCGAACUAAGGUGCAGUAUGCAGAGAAGCCUCAGGGUCUGCGAGAAAGCUUGUUAGCCGAGAUUCGACGAGGCGUCCCACUAAGAAAGGUGGAGCAAACCCUUGAUGGAAAGCCAAGCCCUGACCCAGCCUCGGACAGUGACCCAGUCACUCAGUUGGAACGCAGCAUUAAAGCAGCUAUGAAACGGAUGAAAAAAGUGUCUUCUGACUCUGAUGAUGAUGAUGAUAAUGAAGAUGGAGAGUGGGAUGGCUGACAUACCACUGCGUUCCAGUACUUGCACUGUGCCAUCUGCAAAUUGAGUUUUACACUGUCUGAAUUAACUGACAGAAUAAUGCAGUUACUGCAGAGUUGAAUGGAGAUUUAGCAGAUUACAUGCCCAGCCAGUGUUUGAGCUGAAGGAUCCUAUCUGUGUACUGCUUUGCCACAAAAUCUCAGUAUAUGUAUCGUACCAACUGUCAAUACCAAUGUACAUUCAAUGCAAGGCCACAGUCAGUGGGCAGUUCAGACUGUUCUUGCAUAAAAAUAAUUUGAAUUAAGUGCCUUUAAAUUAGAAGAUUUUACCCUUACUGACUAUGCACAAUAGAAGAGAUGGGCUUGCCUGUGUGCAUGCGCAAGCACAGGCUUGUCUGUGUAUGUGUAUGCACCUCUUAAAACUUUUUAAUAUUUUGCACAGACUUAUCAAUGCAUCAAUGACUCCAUGUAUUGUUUCCCUUAUUUCCCAUUCACUUUCUGUUGAGCUGUCUUGGUUUUAUUUUAGAGAUAGUCCCUGUUGCACUUAAGAAAAUACUAUUUUUACAGAAAAUGUCCUGUGAAUUGAUUACUGUGCCAGCAGUAUUCCUCAUUAUACUUCCUUCCAUCUGUUUCAUUAUCAGAUCCAGGGGAACUCCAGUGGAGAAGUGUGGUCGAGGGAGAAAGGCCAUGACUACAUUAAGUAGUUUAUAGGCUUGCGACACUGUGUGCCUCCCCUAUCUUUGAUGUUCCGUGAUAUUCCGGAAACAUUGGAGAAUGAUUGUCACUUAGUAUUAAGAGCCAGCAUAGGAAAAGAACAAAGUCUUGGGUUUUACAUUCUGAGGAAAAUCACUUGUGUAGGAAACAGGAUCCUGAAAACAGCAGUGUGCUAAUGCCUGGCUCAACAGUGUAGUUCUGUGGUUGGUCAUCAGUGAGAUCCCCUGCUCUUGGGAUAAUCCCAAGAGAUGGGGUAGUCUGUGUUCAGCUGAAGUAAGGUAUGUCCAGGGUUUAAUGUUGGUGAGGGAGCACACCCAUCACUUGGAUGCAUCCAUUUGAGCCAAGGCUGUAAGACACUAAGGAGUGAUAAGGUGACACAGGUUUGAACAUGUUAAACUUUACAGGGCGUUGGCCAAGUGCAGGGUAGUGGAGCAGCAGGAUUUCAGAACUGCUCAAGUUUCAGCUAGAAAAUAUUCACCUGCAGGAAGUGAUUGCUCACUUACUAGGACUGACCACUGUAUGUUAGCUUCAGCAAGGUGUUGCAUCUUAGGAUAGAGAAUUGACUCCUGCUGACAUUUGAGGCAGUCUAUGAAGUCCAGGAUGCUUACAGACGAUGAGCUGUUAACCUUUUACUUGCAGAGGUUAUCAUUCUGCUCCAGGUUUAAUGAGAACUGGAGCAGCUAUGGCUCUCUGCAGUUUAAUGAGAAUUCUCCCAAGCAGACACAACCAGAUGACUGUACUUAAUUGUAAUGCCUUUCAUAGGCAAGUCUGUACCAUUUGAACCUGUGAAAAACGGUUACCCAGAGGAAUUAAAAAGGCAACAAUUUACCUGAGUUGAAAAAACUGCAAUAGUUGAGGGAGAAUUGGUUAAUAUUGCAUUAUGCUUUUUACCUCCCAGGGCACUGGCAUAGUGAAAUGAAAAUAAACCGUUGAAGUUCCAGUUUAAAGU